AUGGCCACUAACAUCACCUUCCACGCCGCUGCCCUGACCCGCAAGGAGCGCAAUGACCUGCGCAAGCAGCAGGGCCUGACCAUCUGGCUGACCGGCCUGUCCGCGUCCGGCAAGUCGACCCUGGCCGUCGAGCUGGAACACCAGCUGCUCCAUGAUCGCGGUGUGCACGCCUACCGCCUGGACGGUGACAACAUCCGCUUCGGCCUGAACAAGGACCUGGGCUUCAGCGAGGCCGACCGCAACGAGAACAUCCGCCGCAUUGCUGAGGUCGCCAAGCUGUUCGCCGACAGCUCGUCCAUCGCCAUCACCUCCUUCAUCUCGCCCUACCGCAAGGACCGCGACACCGCCCGCCAGCUGCACGAGGUCCCCACUCCCGGUGAGGAGACCGGCCUGCCCUUCGUCGAGGUCCACGUCGAUGUCCCCGUCGAGGUUGCCGAGCAGCGCGACCCCAAGGGUCUGUACAAGAAGGCCCGCGAGGGCCUCAUCCCCCAGUUCACCGGUAUCAGCGCCCCCUACGAGGCCCCUGAGAAGCCGGAGGUGUACAUCAAGAACGUCGACCUGCCCGUCAAGGACGCCGUCAAGCAGAUCGUCGACUACCUCGACUCCAAGGGUUACCUGCCCCCUAAGCAGGAGUAA